AUGGAAGCCCGGAGAGAAUGGGCACAGUCCAGUGAACGUUGGGCGUGCACGUCCAGGCGAACCACGGUUGGCCGAUGGAUAGGAGAACGCACCAACACAAAUAAUACUGGUCAUUGCCUCGGGCGCCACAUCGCCGGCUUCUGGGUCCUUGCGGUGCAGGUUGAUGACCCUGCGCAGGAGCGGUUCGCAUGCGAGUACCAGCAAAACACCCACGCCGAUGCCAAUGAACGAGAGACCGCCGAUCACCGGAGACCAGCCCCGAUCAGUCUGGAAGGCGAUUGGGUGUCCCGGAAUAUGCUGGAGUCUCUGGUCUCCUUCCGCACUUUUGCUGCCCGUUGUCGAAGGAUUACCGGUGCUUCGUCCAUCGCCAGCCAAGGUCUGGAACACAAACCCCCCAAUAACGGGACCAUAUACUGGACCAUUGGUCGGCCCAAUGGACCAGGUUCCGGAUUCGAUAGCGCGGUGUUUGUCCGAUACCAGAUCAUUUACCAAUGCCGGCGAAUUCCCCAUAAUCGCACUUCCGAAGAAGCCGCCAAAGAAUCGACUGAUAAGAUUUGCCUCUAUGUUCUUGGGCAAAGCACUUGGAAGAAUGAUCCCGAAAGCCAUCCCAAGAAGAUAGGUGGUGACGCCCAGCAAGCCGACAAGCUUAGAGACCUGGAACUCUUCCUGGAUCCCUGGCAGCCGAAGGUUUAUAACGUGCUGAACAGGCUGAUGACUGUCGCCCCGAGACUCAUGGUCACCACACUCAGGCCUUUGUACCAAGUCGGCCAAUUGCGAGUUUCCCCGGGUUAUUGA